AUGAAAUUGAAAGCGAAGAAAGCAAACAAAAGUUCGUGUCUCCUUUGUGAGGGGGACGUCUGUGUCCACGUACAGGGAGACACGCGGACGCAGAAACAGCAGUCGAUUCCGAAUAUUGCCGAACAAACGAUUAAUAUGUUGGAAAAACUUCUCAAGGAGAAGGAGAGAGACCCAGAGGAAAUUCUCAAGCUGGCGUCCAGAAACGACUUGUUUCAAGUGGGAAUGGACCCAUUCUGUCUAACGGCUGCCAUUGGUCACAUCGAUGGAAUGAGGCGAUUUCUGGAGGCGGGGAAAAACCCAGACGACACCAGCAUGGCGGACGGUAGCACGCCGCUGAUGUUGUCCACACAGAAUCGCCACGUGGACACCAUGGAAAUCCUGUUAUCCUAUGGCGCCGACAUCACUCUCCAAAACUCGGAGGAGAAUAACUCUAUGAUGUUGGCAAUAAAAACUGGAGACGCUAAGGUAGUCAACAUCCUGUGGCCGUACAGGACCCGAGUGGACAUAAACCACCAGAACAAGGCAGGUCAAUCCAUGUUACACCUGGCCGUGGAGAAGCGAUGGGAGACGUGUGUCAGGGUUCUCAUCAAAAGUGGCAGCGAGGUCAACAUCAUGGACAACGUAAGACAUGAAAAUAAAAAAAAAUAAAAACUAC